CUCAGCCGCUCGCGGGGCUUUGCUCUGAGCGAGCGCGAGGAGCAGAAGAAAAGGGGUAGGCGGUGCGCGUGCCCGCGCCCUCCUCGGGUCAGUCCGCUGGAACAGAAGGCGCGAGGAGGAGUAGGGUGGACACACGCUCGAGGGAGGACUGAGCGGCCAAGCGCGCGCUUCACUCGGGCGCGAGGACGGGUCUUCACUUGCCGGGACCGAGGAGGAGCGGGGAGAGAGGGGCGCAGCCAAUUGGGAGGUGGGACUGAGGGGUCUCCCGCCAAUCGGGACAAGCUCAGGAAAGGAAGCUGCCAACCCCGGGAGAGCUUGGGCGAGCCUCCCCGCCAAUCGGAGGAGCGGCAGCGGUGGCCGAAGCCGGAGCGGCGCGCCAAUCGCGGGCUAGCCAGCAGCAGAGAGCGCGGAGUCGGGGAUGUCCUACAAGCCUAUCGCGCCUGCCCCCGCCAGCUCCGGAGCCGCCGGCACCAGCAGCAGCAGCGCCAGCCCCGCCCCCGGAGCCCCGCCGCCACGAGUGUCCCAUCUCCAUCUGGAUCUGUUCCUGGAGCUUCUGCCCCCUUUCGACCACUCUUCAACGAUUUUGGGCCCCCAUCAAUGGGCUACGUGCAGGCUAUGAAGCCACCAGGUGCCCAGGGUUCCCAGAGCACAUACACAGACUUGCUUUCUGUCAUUGAAGAGAUGGGCAAGGAGAUCCGACCUACUUAUGCAGGCAGCAAGAGUGCCAUGGAGCGGCUGAAGCGAGGGAUUAUUCAUGCCAGGGCCCUAGUAAGAGAGUGUCUGGCAGAAACAGAACGCAAUGCCCGUACGUAACAGUUGCUUCCUCCUGGCACCGCCCUGUGGACUUUCUGGCCAAUCAUCACUACUUUGAAGUCUGGAGAUUAACCCCCCUGCCUUUUCCAUCAGUGUUGUACAUACUGGAACUACCAUUGCCUUCAAAGACCUUUAUACCAAUUGACACUCAAGAAUCUCAAGCUACUGCUGCAUCACAAUACUUUUCAUCAAUUGGCAUUCUGGGAAUUGAUGUAGAAACAUUUUUUUGCACACACCUGAUCAACCAAUGAGAAUAAUGGCUGGUAGCAAGUUUGUGUCUUUAUAAAUUCCGUGGGUGGGGUUUCUAAAUAAAAGAAAAGCUUUGAAAUUGAGUCUCUUCCUUCUUCCUGUGUGUGUGUUUAAAGUCCCAUGUAAUGAAAACUAAGACAUUGAUGGUCUGUAUUGCAAGAUGUGCUUCCAUAGAAAAGCAGCAUGAGGCCCUCACCACCACUUGCAGUGGAAGCCUCAGCCAGCAGUCAUUGAGCCAGUAUUGGAAAACUUGUAAUAAAAUAUUUCUACUCCUCUG